GCAACGCGCACGCUUCCUCCCUGCACCGACCGACCGACCGACCUGACCCGACGCCACCGCUACCAUGUUCCCGCCCAGCAGCAGCAGCAGCAUCAGCAGUAGUCCGCAGACGCAGCAGCCAGAGAUAAUGCCAUUGCUACAACCAAAUCUGGAUCUAAAUCCCAUGGAUAUUGAACGCAUGUCACCGGAACUGGACAGUGAUGGACGUCAGGUGCUCUUCGAGGGCUAUUCGGAUGAGCUGCUGACCAUCGCCUGGAUGGCCUGCAUUGUCUUCAUCAUUGUGGGCGUUCCAGGCAACCUGCUGACCAUCAUUGCUCUCUCACGGGGCCGUCAAACCCGCAAUUCUACGGCCAUUUUUAUUAUAAAUUUAUCCUGCUCGGAUUUGCUUUUCGGUUGCUUCAACCUGCCCCUGGCCGCCUCCACAUUCAUGGAGCGUGCCUGGACGCACAGCGACCUGUUGUGCCGCCUUUUCCCCAUGCUUCGGUAUGGCCUGCUGGCGGUAUCCCUGCUCUCCGUGUCGCUGAUCACCAUCAAUCGGUAUAUCAUCAUAGCCCAUCCCAGGCAGUAUCCCAGGAUCUACCAGAGACGCUAUCUGGCCCUGAUGGUGGCCGGCACCUGGGUGACCACAUUUUCGAUCAUGAUACCCACCUGGCGCGGAGUCUGGGGCUGCUUUGGCCUGGACGUCAGCAUCGGUUCCUGUUCCAUUCUGCAUGAUCGCUACGGAAGAUCGCCCAAGGAGUUCCUCUUUAUAGCCGCCUUCAUGGUGCCCUGCAUCUGCAUUGUGAUCUGCUAUGCACGGAUUUUUCUGCUGGUGCGCAAGGCGGCCAUACGGGCUGGAACUGCCGGCAAGGCAAAUCUCAGCGAGGUGACGCCCAGCUCAGCGGUGCCCAGCCAGCCUAUGCCACGAGCCAAGCCGGAAAAGGCCAGCACAUCCAGUGGCGAGGGACAACAGCAGCAGCAGCAGGAGCCAGGACGACCCUUUGUGGUGGCAGAGCAUUUGGCCUACAUAGAUGACAAUGCCUCUGCAGACAGCCUGCCCAUCUCCUACAGCAUACGGCGACGGGAGCAAGAGGAGCAACAGCAUUCCCCAGUGGAUGCCAAUGUGGUGCUCAAGGAGAAGGAAAAGGAACGGGAGCGUGACCAGGAGAAGAUCAGCCUGGGACGCAGUCUAACCCAACUGGAGCUGGCCAAGAACUCCGGAAAGAAUCCCCAUCCCAUUACCACCUCCCUGCGCACCUCCUUCACCCGCUUUAGUCCCAGGAAAUCGCUGUAUGCCUCCAUGGGUAAUACCUCUAAUGCCUCCUCCAUUUAUCCGGGCCGAAUGAGUGCCAAGGAUCGGCGUUUACUCAAGAUGAUUCUGGUGAUCUUUGUGUGGUUUGUGAUUUGUUAUUUGCCCAUAACGGUAACCAAGAUCUGGAAGUCAGCCACGGAGGUGCAUUGGUUUAAUAUCGCUGGCUAUCUGCUCAUCUACCUGACCACCUGCAUUAAUCCCUUGAUUUAUGUGUUGAUGAGCUCAGAGUAUAGGCGGGCUUAUUGGAAUCUUUUGCGUUGCCAUGGCUCUGGGGAUGCUCAUCAGCAGGAGCAGCGGCAUCAGCAGCAGCAGCGGAAACGGAAGCACAUAAAGUCUGCGGCGUGACUUGCUAACAUUACCUGCGUUACCUUACUCCAUCAUCAUUGCCUUUGUAUGUCCUCCGUCCCCAGCAGGAUAAUGCUAAUGAUUCGAUCAUUUGUUGUGUCUAGUCACAGGAUCAAAGCCCUUCCAAAAACCAUACCGAUAUCUGUAUCUAUAUAGCAAAAGGCAUUCGAAUUAUUAAGAUGAGUAACGGCCAUACAAUCGAGCUCUCUUUAUUCUUAAAAUUGAAUUAUAGAAAGCGCUUGCUUGAAUGAGCAAUCGUUACUCAUCUUAAGCUCUCUUACUGGCUUUAGGCUCUCUUAAAUCUAGUUCAAAAGCCUGAAAGAGAGCGCUCUAGAGCUUUUGAACUCAAUUUAAGAGAGAGCCUGAAGCCAGUUGAAAAGCCAAUCGUUUGGCUUUACUCAUCUUAGCAAUUCGAAUGUCUUUGAUAUAACUGUAUCUAAAUAUCUGUAUCUAUAUCUAUUUAUAUACCAUAUAUGUAAUGUAGGAACUCCAGAAGUGUAUUGCAUUUUAUACCAAAUGACUUUAAUAUCUGGUUUACAUUUGAAUUCCAUGUUUAAGAACAAUCGAUGUUUUUUUUUUGUUUUUGUUUCUUUUUUUUUUCUUGCUUGUUGCUAAUUAUUGUACCAAUACAUAAUAGAUAUAUCCAUAUAUGGAUAUACCCUAUCUAUGCCCCCAAUAAAUGCUUCGAAUAAUUGA